GUAAAAUACGCAAUCGUUAUUAGUCAAGUAUGGAUUUUGACAAGUAAAGAAGUUGAAGUUGAAGUUGAAAGGGAGUGACAGAGUAAAGGGGAAUCUAUAUAGAGAGUUAAUAUGAGCAAUGCUGAUUUACGAAAGAAAAUCUGUGAAAAGUGUAUUUUGUUAAAAGGUUUUAAUACAGAGACAAAUUUCAAUGCCAUAAGACAAAAUUUCCCAGAGUCUUGGCGGGGAACGUUAGCUACAAGGACAGCCGGCUUUGAAGCCAGUGAUCAAGAAUGGAUUAUUCAGUUCGAUUCAAUAGACGUUGCACAAGGAUAUAUCACAGUAAUAGGCUCACUAGAAACAUCAGAAGGAAAUCUAAACAUAAGUGAAUGUGAAUUACCAUGUGAUAUACCAGAUGAAUGGUUACAGACUCCAGAUGUCUAUGAUCCUUCAGCAUCAGCUUACAAGGGGAAUAACCCUUCCACAGACCACGCACAGCCCCCACCAUAUUCUGAAUAUCCAAGUCAAGGACCAGGGACCAAUCAAUCAGCAUCUCCUCUACAACAACCUGGUGGUCCCCAUGGAUUUCCACCAUUUGGUCCACCUUUUGAUCCUCGAUUCAUGACACAACAUGGACCAAAUCCUCAAAAUCCUUAUCAACAACAGUUUUACCCUCCAGGAAUGGGAUGGCCACCAUAUCAGCCUGGACAUUCUGAAAAAGGAGAUCCAUCUCAAGACCAAGAGAAAGGUCCACAUGGUCCUGGAUAUCCAGGGCAGUGGGGAUGGCCGCCAUAUGGAGGAUAUUAUCCGUAUGGUCAGUAUGGUGCUUAUCCAGGCUAUGGCUAUCCUCAUGGUUUUAUUCCCCAACAAGAACAGCAGCCUGGUGCCAAGCAGAAUCCUAACGAUAAACCAGAAAUUUCUAUAAUAGAAGGAGAAAGAAGCGAUAAUCCAUCUGCAUCUGCUGAAAAGUCAAGUACAGAAACUCCUAUUCAAUCAGAUGAAGAAGAAGAAGAGAAAGAAGAUGAGGAAGAAGAAGUGAAAGAAGAAAAGGAAGAGGACAUACUUGAAGAAAAAAAUGAUGAACCAAAGAAAACUACCACCAACAUGUUGAAAGUGACGAAGUUGCCUCCAACAACUACACAGGAUAGCUUAACAUACUUUUUUGAGAACACGAGGAAGUUUGGUGGUGGAGACGUAGAGGAUGUGGAAUAUGAUGAAGACACUGCAUCUGCUAUUAUUACAUUCGAAGAAGCUGAAGCUGUUGACAUCGUUUUACAGAAAAUGCCUAUAAUGUUUAAUAAUAAAGUUAUAGAAGUGGAGGCCCAUAAUGUUAAUGUAGAAGAGCCUAUGGAUACAACUGAAGAAUAUGAGAGUAACCUAAGUACCAGUGAACCAGCCCCUACCUGUACAAUAGAAGUCAGAGGUAUGACAGAUCGUACAACACAAGAUACCAUCAUGUAUUACUUUGAAUCAAAGAAAGGUGCUAAUGCAGAUGUAGAAAACAUUGAGUAUAUAGAGGAUAAAGACAUGUAUUUAGUUACAUUUGAGGACGAAGAAGCUGUGGAUAGGACAUUACAGAAAAACCAUACAGUAGAUGGUUCAAAGUUGCAAGUAAAGAAACACAUUCCACCCAAAAGAUAUCAAAAUAAGGCAUUAGUAAAAGGCUUUAAUACAAAGACAACUGAAGAUGGCAUUAUUAACUUCCUGGAAGCAAGGACAAAGUUUGAUGUAGAGGGAGUAGACUUUGGUGACGAGGAUUCUGGGAAGGCUAUUGUUACAUUUUGUGAACCUAUAAAUAUUGGAGAUAUUCAGACAGCAUGUAAGAAGAAGGCAUUAAAUGGAAGCUACCUGACAGUUCACCCUGUGGUUGUGACAAAUUGUAUUGUAGUCCGAGGAUUCAGUGAGAAGACAACAGAAAGUGGACUGGAAUAUUACUUUGAUAAUAAAAGGAAAUCUGGUGUAGAGGGUGUUGCUGAUGUCAAAAUGAAUAGAGAUGAGGAUUACUGUGUUAUAUACUUUGAAAAUGGUGAAGAUGCAUUAUUGGCUUGUAAAAGAUCCCAUACCAUUGACAACUGUAAACUCAAGGUGCAGGUCUUCUAUGAUUGUCUUGGUGUCCCAGCAGAUAAUGAAGGACCAAAGUUCAAACCAUUGCCAUCUUUAGUUAUUACUGACAUUGACAAAUAUAAGAUUAACUUCUUGAAGCAUUCAACUACAAAGAGAGAUGCUAUGGAAAAAGAGCUUCAGGAAAUCUAUGCACAAAUUACAUGGCCAUCUUCAACUCAAGAAAGUGAAAUAACUAUUGAUUGUGCUUUGACCAAGGAAACAAAAGAUUGCCGGAAACUGGCAAAGUCUUGGGGUGAAGAAAUCAGGAAAAAUAUAAGUGGUUUUGUUGAUGCACUGGUUACAGAGAAGCAUUCAACAUUACAAGAUGCUUGGGGUCCUGUGAUGGAAAAACUUCGGGAAAUUAAUAUUUCAGAUCCUGAUGGUGUUACUCUUAGUGUUGAGAAACCACCUGUUUGUGAAAUCAUUAUUGCUGGUUAUACUCUUCCAGUGAAAGAAGUUUCAGAUAAAAUGAAACAAAUAAUAGAUGAAGUUUCUGCAGACCUUGACAGAAAGAAACAAUCAAUUCAAGAAGAUACUAAACUAAAGCAUCACCAGUUGUUGAUUCUGGUUUAUACACACUUCAAAGACAAGGUCAAACAAAAGUUUGAGAAAAUGGAUGUAAAAAUAGACACAAAAAAGCUGGUUAUAUCAUUUAAUGGGCUAUCUGGAAAUAUCAGUGGAGCCAAAAUAAUGAUGUUUGAAACACUGAAUGACAUAACAUCAGCAUCUAUUGGGACAAAAUCACAAGCUUAUAUACAGUUUUUGCAGAGACAGGAAGUAAAGAAAUAUGUUGGGAAAAAGAUAAAGGAUAAAGGCCUGAUUGGAGUUUGGGAUAUCCAAGGUAACACAAUAACAAUGUAUUCCAUGUCUGAUGCAGAUGCUGUAGCAGCUUCUAUGAUCUUAAAAGAUUGUGUAGUGGAGACCCAGGUCCACGUUGACAAUCUACAAAAGUCUGUAAUGCGGUCUCCUAAAUGGGCUCAAUAUAUUCAGGCAAUACGCGAUGAGUAUGAGAGAAAAUCAAUUAUUACAGAAAUUAUAGAGGACAAGCAAGGGCAGAUAAUCCUGUAUUGUACUUCAAAAGGAGAAGCAGGAAUGAUAAGAGAGAAAAUACAAGAUUAUUUCCUGGAUAAUUCUGAAAAGGAAAUAACAAUCAACUUGCCACCAGCUCAGUUGAAGUUCCUUCAGGAACAAAUGAAGGAUGAAGUGGAUGAUCUUGAGAAAGGUUUACGUAAACAAAAAAUUAUUGUGGCUGUGAAGGGUGAUGGCAUUCUGAUUAAAGGCAAUCCCCAGGGAAUUAAUGAUGCUGAACAUGAAAUAGAGGCAUUAGUACAGAAAAUAUAUAAAACCAAGCAUUCUAUGGACAAACCAGGUUUACAGGAAUUAAUGAAUAGUAACCAAGGAAAGACAAAACUGAAACAAGUUAGCAAACAGGCGGGUGUUGUUAUCAGUAGUGAUAGUGAUGAAGGUGAAAGUUCAUCAGGUCAAAUUAGACCUAGACAAGGUGCUAGUUCUGAUGAGAGAGCAGUAUACUCUGCAGCUGGAGGUCAAGAGGUCAUUGUUGUCAAGGGGGACAUUACUGGACUGCAUGUUGAUGUUAUUGUCAAUGCAGCUAAUAAAGAUUUGGCUCACAGUGGCGGUCUGGCUAAAGUUCUGGUACAAAGGGGUGGCAAGAGCAUUCAAGAUGAAUGUGACCAGUUCACAAGUUAUAAUGGCCAGUUAACAGAGGGUGAAUGUUACUGUUCAAAACCAGGCAUGUUGAGCUGUAAGAUGAUUGUCCAUGCUGUUGGACCAGUGUGGCAAAGCGGUUCUAACAAUGAGGAAGACUCACUACAACAGUGUGUUGAAACUGCCUUAGUUGACACACAGAAAAAUAAACAUACCAGCAUUGCCAUACCAGCAUUGUGUACAGGAAUAUUUGGUUACCCUCCACACCUGGCAACUAGAGCUAUUGCCCAGGCAGUUAGGGACUAUUUCAAGAGGAAUAAGUCGAGCCUUGUUCAGACUGUUUACCUAUGUGAUGUCAAUGAGAAUUCUGUAGAUCUGUUUGUGAAGGCUGGGGACAAGAUGUUUGAUCAGGCAAAAGAUGGGAAACGAAAGUUUGGUGGAAGACAAUCAGGUGGAAUGUCACCAGGACAUUCUGGUCCUAUCUCAGCAGGAAGUAUAGAGAUCAAGGUUGUUAAAGGAGAGUUAGCAAAAAUGAGGGUUGAUGCUAUUGUGAAUACCACAUCUAAGGGACUGCAGUUGAAUCAAGGUGCAGUUUCAGCUUCCCUACUAAGAGAAGGAGGUCGAAGGUUACAAGAUGAAUGUUCCAAGAAAUAUCCUCAAGGUGUUGACUACGGAGAAGUAGCUGUAACAACAGGUGGAAACUUAAAUUGUAAUAUUGUUUGUCAUGGAUGUUUAGACCAAUGGAAUACAGGUGGUAUUAAGGUUCUGGAAAAGUUCAUUAAUGGUUGCCUCUCUAAAGCUGAAGGCAAAGGAUGUAAAUCUGUAGCCAUGCCUGCCAUGGGUACAGGAAAACUUGGAUAUCCACGAGGUCUUGUAGCCAAACAUAUGUAUGACGCGGUACAUCAGUAUUCCAGUCAGAACCCAAGCUCCUGUAUUACCAAAGUCUUGUUUGUUCUGUAUGAUAAAGAUGAUCAAACAGUCAAGGCAUUUGAAGAUGAGGAUAAAAGUAGACAAGGCAGUCAUCAUGGUAGACAUGACAGGGACUUUACAGAUAAACCUACAGGAUAUCAAGGCAGAGCUAACAGUGCAAAGAAAGGACCUGACAAAAAGCAUCAGAAACUGACUCCACCAGGGAACCAGUACAGUUCAGCUGCAGACAAAGAGUACAGUGUCAAUAUGGGAAACGUAGUGCUCAAAGUCUACCAAGGGGACAUAACUGCUGUCAAAGUGGAUGCCAUUGUAAAUGGAACAAACACAGAGUUAGAUUUAACCAUUGGUGCUGUGGCCCGAGCUAUAAAGAAUAAAGGAGGACAAGAACUAGAAAAACAACUAAAGGAUCAAAAAAAACAAAUGUCAAAGAAUGGAAUAGCUGUAACAAAACACACACAUGGAAUGUUGUGUGAAGCUGUGAUACAUCUUGACAUGACAGGAGUGAACCCAUCAGGUUAUGUAUCUGCAGCAUUCUCUAGUGGUCCUAAACUAAAAGACAGAAUCAAACUAGCCCUUGAUAAAGCUGAAGAAAUAAAGAUGACCACUGUUGCAUUCCCUGCUUUAGGUACAUCUGUGACUGCCAAUGUACCUGUUAGUGAUAUAGCAGAAGACAUGUUCAAAGUGGUAGAAAAAUUCCAGAGCAAAAGCAAACAUGUACAACAGGUACAUGUAGUUAUUUUCCAAGGAGAUAUGAUGAAAGAUUUCAUGGCUGCCAUCCAGAAGUGUGUCAGUAAUACUAAAGAAAAAGGCUACAUAGAAAAAUGGUUUGGUUGGACAGGACUUACUGGGGGAGACAAGAAGUUUAAUAUAUCUAGACAUGACCGUAAACUUAUUGGUGCACAGACACCAGUUGAUAGAGUGAUAAUGAAUUCUGUGACAUUUGUGAUCUAUGCAAGAGACAAACAUGCAGCUCAGAAUGCCGUCAAGUUACUGGAGAAAUCUAUUGAAAGUGAAUGUGAUGAAAAAUCAAUAUUUUCAAAGAUAAUAAAAGAAUUUAAUGCUGAUCAGAAAUCUGAAGUAAAGAAUUUAGAAGCUUCUGGAAAGAUAAAGGUUACAUUAGAUACAUCCAAAGGUGAAAUAAAGAUCAGAGGGUUGAAACAUCAUAUAUCUGAUGCAUUUAAUGAAGUACAUCAUAUUAUCAGAGAUGCAGAAACGGCCAAGCAAACCAUGCAGAAGGCCAAGUUGGUCACAGACAUGGUACAGUGGUACUACAUGGAAGAAGACAAGGGGAAGAAAAAGCUUGUGGAAUAUCCUUCAGAUGUAAAUCUGAUACUGGAAUCAGCACUGAAAGAUCAGAAAACACAGGCAUCUUUUUCUGAUACAAAUGGAAAUAAAUACAUUGUAGAUCUGAAUGCCUAUGAGGAAUAUCCAGCUGAUAAUGUUAAUGAUAAAGUUCAAGUAUUGAGAAAAUCUAAACUUGUAGAUCAAGCAUUUGAACCACCAAUGACAUGGGUUCCCAUGGAUGAAAAAGAGAAUUUGAAAAUAGUGCAAUUACAACCUAAAGACAAAGAAUACCAAGAUGUUACUAGUAAAUUUCAGAGUACAGCUGGUGGGACAAAAGUAGAAUUUGUAAAGGUUGAGAGAAUCCAAAACAAAGUACUGUACCAACAAUUUAUUGCCAAGAAGAAGUCUAUGGAUGAUACUAAUCCUAAGACAGUCCAGAAUGAAAAAGCUCUUUGGCAUGGUUUUUCAGUAGAUGCUCUUGAUAGUAUAUGCAAAUAUGGAUUUAACAGGAGUUACUGUGGAAAAAAUGCUACUGCUUUAGGUGCUGGUGUAUAUUUUGCAGUAAAUGUCAAUUAUUCAAUUCAAGACACAUAUUCAAGGCCUGAUACACAUGGACAUAAAAGAAUGUUUUUGUGUAGAGUUCUGACAGGAGAGUAUUGCAAUGGAGCCAGUACCAUGAAAGUACCACCUGCCAAACCAAAUGCUGCUGGAAGCCAUAUUUUAUAUGACACAGUUACUAAUAAUGUGAGCAGUCCAAUUAUGUUUGUGAUUUUUCAUGAUUCACAAGCUUUUCCAGAAUAUCUGGUUACAUUCAAGAGGAAAUAAUGAUACUGAAACUUGACAUACUGUGGAUUCAUUAUUAUUCGUUGGAUACCAAUUUUCGUGGGUUUCGUGGAUACAGGUGAACCGCGAAUUCAAAUGUUCAACGAUUAAAUAUUUUCUUUAGGCUUUGUAUGCAGUGAUUGGUGAAACCACGAAAUCAGAUAUCCAUGAAAAUGGAAGUGUUCCUCAAUCAACGAAAAUUGAUACCCACGAAAAUUGAUAUCCACGAAAAUAAAUGAAUCUACAGUAUAUCAUUUAAAGAGAAAGAUCAAGAUAUUGGAUUACUUCAUUACGUACCUCGUUUUUUUAACUUUUACAUAUAAACUAGUAUAUAGAAAUACUUAUUUAUGUUUCUUCAAUUCAAGUGUUAGAUUUCUUGAAUUAUUAAACUCAUCUGUUAGACAAGGAAUUUGUUGCAAAUUAUAAUCAUCAAAGGUGGGAGAGAGUUAGUCAUUUAUUUUACCUCAUGCUUUAAACUAAUUUUCAUUUCUGAUCUAGUUUCCAUGGCAUUGAUGAAUAAGAAUUCAGAUAACAAACAGAACAUAUAUAUCUAUAUUAGAAUUUUUGAAUGUGUUCUAGUCAUUCGGUUGUCCUUUCUAAUAAUAAUAUAAAGAAUGAAAGUUUGUCCAAUAAGCUUUUUUUGUAUUAAGAUAUGUCUAUCCAAAAUAUAUUGGAUAUGAUCAAAUGCUGGUGAGUAAUAAAAACCAGUCUUGAACUUUUCUAUAUUGAUUUUGUAAAACUAUGUGAAAUUAAGUCAGAAUUUAUUAACAGCCAUUUAUUAAUUGUUUCACACUAGUCAUUUUGGGGCCCUUUAUAGCUUCCUGUUCGGUGUGAGCCAAGGCUCUGUGUCGAAGAUCGUAUUUCGACCUAUAAUAUGUUUACUUUUUACACAUUGUGACUUUGAUGGAGAGUUGUCUCAUUGGCACUCAUACCACAUCUUAUUUCUAUAUAAAUGGAACAAAAUUAUUCUUAAAAUCUAAUAUGGAUUCAUUUUUCCCAUUUAUUUUCAUUUCAACAAGAAUUCCAUUGUAAGUUCAUUUUAAAUUCAUGUCUCCUGAUUCUGCUUUUAGAUCGACAGGUCUCGUGAGCAUCUGCCAAACAAUUUAUUCAGAAUACAAAUUUAAGUUUAAUGAGAUUGUUUUCUUCAGAACAGUCCACUUAGUAUGCUCACAUACCAGUUUAAUCAGAAUUAUUUAAGUGGCAUUUAUUUGAGGUAUCCUUGUGAAUAUAUGAAACAAAUUGAAAUCCGUAAAACAAAAUUUAUCAAAAUUAUAAAUUUCUAAAUUUUAGAUCUCAGUUACUAUAACUGAAAGAUAUAACUAUUCAUCUGACAAAUAAACAAAACAAAUGCCAAACUGUAUUUCAUAUGAAACCUUUUUAUUUGAUCAGCAGAGUUUGAUUUGUCAAUAUAGUUUAUCUUAUAUUAUUGUUGAAGACCAUAUUUUUACUUCUAGAUGUUGUUUUAUUUAUGUGUCCUUGGGUUGCUGUAUCAUUGACAUGUUCCCUAUAUCUAUAUUUUUAUACCAUACAUAAUCUGUACACAUUUAUCAAUAUUUAAAUGUUGUCUAGAAAAAAAGUUGUUUUAUUUAA